AUGGACUGUGACGACGAGUUCCCCGACAUGCCCUUCCCCCCUCCUUCCUCUUCCCGCUCAGGGAGUCAGACACGGCGCAAAUCAAAGAACGUAUCGCCGCAAGACCUAGUAAAACAGUUCUGGGAGCAGUUCACCACAAGAUGUCCAGGCAAGGUCUAUACUGUUCUGCCUGACAACCCGUAUGCCCGCACCAAGGCCGCACGGAUCCCCAAAGGUGUGAUUCAAGGACAAGAUGCGGGGAAUUCUUACGAGCAGGCAAAGAAGGACUGCCAACGGGCUGUCGAGCGUAUCAUCAAAGAGUGCAGAGCCGUGAAUCAGAAGUAUACAGAUCCUCAUUUUGACAUCGGAGUGGACCUGAAAUCCGGAAGAAGAGACUACCUCGAUGGGCUGGAGAGGUCAAACUUGGAAAUGCAACCAAGGGGCGUCAAAAGAGUAACUGAAAUUUUUGAGAAACCACAAUUCUAUGUUAAUGGGCCAACUGCCUCUGAUGUGCGCCAAGGACGCGAUGGUGAUUGCUGGUUCAUGGCCGGGUUGUGCACCAUGGGGAAUAAGCAGGGAUUGAUCGAAAAUAUCUGCGUAGCCCGGGAUGAGACCAUUGGUGUUUAUGGGUUUGUUUUCUAUCGAGAUGAUGAAUGGCAGCAGUGCAUUGUAGACGAUAAAUUGUAUCUGCGAGCAGCCGACUACGAUGAAUCUGUCGAUGAGCGGCAAAUCUGGGAUGACAUCAUCAGAACUGAUACAGAAGAGGAAUACCGUAAGGUCUGGCAAACUGGAUCCCGGGCUUUAUAUUUCGCGCAGUGUGCGGAUGAGAAUGAGACUUGGCUGCCAUUGCUUGAGAAAGCAUACGCAAAGGCGCACGGCGACUACUCAGCGAUUGAAGGCGGAUUCGUAGGGGAAGCAGUUGAAGAUCUGACUGGCGGUGUUACCUCCGAUAUACUCACAAGUAAUAUCCUGGAUAAGGAUAGGUUUUGGAAUGAAGAGCUCAUGAAGGUUAACAAAGAGUUUCUUUUUGGCUGCGGUACUGGUCUGUGGUCAAAUUGGCUUGACCCCGGCUAUAAAGGGCCCCCCAGAGACAGGAAGGGCAUAUCUGAGAAUCACUCAUACUCGAUUAUGGAGGCAAGAGAAAUUGAUGGUCAGCGACUACUCAGAUUGAGAAACCCCUGGGGCAAAAAGGAAUGGAGAGGUGCUUGGAGCGAUGGAUCAGAGCAAUGGACGGCAGAAUGGAUGGAGAAAUUGGGACAUAAAUUUGGCAACGACGGGUUCUUUUGGAUCUCCUACAACGACCUCCUCAAGAAGUAUCAGCACAUCGAUCGGACCCGUCUCUUCGGGCCUGAAUGGACUGUCACUCGGCAAUGGACCACUCUCAAUGUGCCCUGGUCUGCAGACUACCACAGCAACAAGUUCAUUAUUAACGUGGCGAAGGAAGGCUCUGUGGUUAUUGUCCUUUCGCAGCUCGACAAGCGCUACUUCAAAGGACUGGCAGGAGAAUACGAUUUCACCCUUAAAUUCCGACUCCAGAAAGAAGGUGACAAUGACUACAUUGUGCGUAGCCGCACCAGCUAUUUGAUGAGCCGAUCUGUGAAUGCAGAGGUUUAUCUCAAACCGGGUCUCUACCACGUUCUCGUGAAGAUCACUGCCUAUCGAAAGGACGGCUUAGAAUCAACUGAAGACGUUGUGAGCCGUCUAGCACCCAUCAGACGGGAGAAGCUCGUGCAAAUCGGGCUUUCGUAUGAUUUGGCACACGCCAAGGGCCUUGUUUUCGAAACAGAGGACGAGAAGAGAGCUCGUGAGAACCAUGAAAAGCGCCGCAGAGUAAUGGAGAGAAGAAAGCUGCGGGAAGAGACAAAGAAGAGACUCGAAAGAGAUUGGAUCCGGGAACGCAAGCUGGAGGCGCGGAAACGCCGGGCAGAUGAGAGGCAUUUUGCAGGAGCUGGGGGCAUGGCCAACAAGAAAUUGAAGACCGAAGCCCCUCUUCCAACACCUCCUGUCCAAUCGGCACUGGAUACAGAAGGCGUUUCUACCAAUGGUGUUGGCUCUAAACCUUUGUUCAAUGGCACGACUCCCGACACCCAGUUCAACACAAAGAGCAUCAAGCGCAAGUAUAGAUCACCGCGUCCAUUGGACACCAACAUCGUUACCAACGGUCUCAGCAGCUAUGAUCAGAAGUUUCUGGAAGGCUUUGAGUUCGACUCUGAUAUUGACAUGCCUCCUGAGGAACCAGAACCAAAACACUGUCAGCCAGCACCACCAUGUCCGCCAGAAGAAGUUAACAACGACCCAUGGAAUGCAGUGUGCGUGGUCGGGCUACGAGUCUAUUCCAAGGAUCCGCAACUCUGUCUGGAAGUCGUUCGUCCAACUCCUGAAUAUGGUGGAGAAGCAGCUUUGGACUUCGACGAUCCAGCAGCAUCUGCUACAAACGAGAAAUUCUCGUUCAGUCAAUUGGCUUUUUGA